GGAGAUGAGCUUAGGAAAUGUGAGAGUAUUUGUAAAAGCUGAAAAUGGAAGGAAUUAAACAUAGGAGUGGUGAUUUUAAUGGAUUAGUGGGCAAGUGGAGUGAAACAAAGAUGACCUAAAAGUUUCAGACUACCCUACCCUACCCUCUCUCACCAUCACGGUCACCAAUCCCAACCCCAACCCCAACCCCAACCCCAGACCUUCCCUUCUCACGGCCUCCACCGACGCCGGCCUCCUCUUCUCCAUUUCCUGUUCUCACACUCCAACAGGUAGAUUUAUUUGUUGGAUGUUGCAACACCAUUUUUACAUAAUCCAACCAAAUCAAUCGAUGUACAGCCUUAAUAGUAGUCAUGGCUGUCAUCCCACUUCAACCAUUGGCUCUUGCUCAGGCUCAGUCUAGACGUCUUUCCACUUGUCACCGUCAUCCUAGCAUACCCAUUACUGGGUUUUGUGCUUCAUGCCUCAGAGAACGCUUGGUUGGUAUUGAAGCCUCUGUUAACAACGACACUCCCACUCGAAACCAAGCUGGUUCUGGUGCUGGUGCUGGUGCUGCUUCUUCUUCUGGAUCAGAGCUUCGUCGUAGUAAAUCAUGCAAUGGACCCAAGUCUGAGGUCUUUGCUAACCCUUCUGACCCUACCAGACGUAGGUCUUGCGAUGUUAGGGCGCGGAAUAGUUUGUAUAACCUCUUUAAUCUUGAUGAUGAGAGGAAAGGUACAGCUGGAAAGUUUGAGGUUGAGUUGGGGAAUUUAAGGUUUGAGUUAAAAGAAGAGGACAGGAAUGGGAAUGAGGGUGAGAUUAGGGUUUCUGAGCAUGGAUUGCUUGAUGAGGAAGAUGGUUGUGAGUUAAGGCCUAUGAAGGAGUUUAUAGAUCUUGAAUGCAAGAAGAAGAAGAAAGGUACAGGGAAGGAUUUGAAGGACAUUGCCGGGACAUUUUGGGUUGCUGCGUCUGGUUUGAGCAAGAAGUUGAGGAAAUGGGGGCGAAAACCGAAGGGCAAGAAGCUCAACAACGAUGAUGACAAUGAUGGUGGGGUUUUAGGGGUUGAGAGAUGUAGUCCUAGGCAUUUGAGAGAAACCCAAUCAGAGGUUGGAGACUAUGGGUUGGGGCGUAGGUCUUGUGAUACCGAUCCAAGAUUAUCCAUGGAUGCUGGUCGAAUGUCAUUGGAUGAAUACAGAUACUCCUUUGAUGAGCCUAGAGCCUCUUGGGAUGGGUAUUUGAUUGGCAGAGCUGCAUAUCCACGGCUAACUCCAAUGGUCUCGGUUGUAGAGGAUACCAAGCUUUCUGAUGGUGAGAAUGAGAGUUGUGUAUCAGACACGAACUUGGUCAAAGAUGGAGAGAUGAGUCCCGGGGGUACAGCUCAAACAAAGGACUACUACAAUUCAGAGUCUUUGCCUUUGCAGAGGCGCAGGAGGAGUUUUGAUUGCUCAAACUCCUUGCAUAGGAAAGGGGGUUUAGCUGAAGUUGACGACUUGAAGUUGAAUUCGAACGCUAAGGUCUCUCCAGCAACAACUGAAUUGUUCUUUGGCGCUAAAUUGCUUAUCACUAAUAGAGAUUUGAGGGAUGCCAAGUUGAAAUCUGUCAAAGAUGAGAGCUUGGAGAGUGUUGAAUCAACUUCAUCUAAGGAUGCUGCAGAUUCGGUUCCCCCAAUUGGGCGAACUCAAAAGGGGUUGAAGAAAUCACAAGGGUGGCAAAGAAAGUGGAAUUUGUGGGGUCUGAACCUGAUGCAGAAACAGCGAGGCGAUCAGCCAAAAUGCGGUCUUGUUAACGAAGAAGAUAUUUUAGUUGGAGGGAAUGUGGCUGAUCCCACGGUCCCUAAUUCUUGGGAGAAUCUAAGGAGAGUGGCUAAUGGUGAAACCAAUGGAUCAGUAAGUCAAAAGCUUAUACGUAGCUAUAGUGUCAGCUGUCGAAAACCCACCUGCAAAAUCGAUGGUUUGUUGAGUAAUCCAAACGCUGGUGGUGAGACCAGAGGCAUUUCGGUUAAGAAAAGAGAAGAUUUUUCAUUGCAGCGUAACAGGAGUGCUCGGUAUUCACCCAAUCACGUCGACAACAAUGGUCUAUUGAGAUUCUACUUAACUCCAUUGAGAAGCUAUAGGAGAAGUCAAUCAGGAAAGAGUAGGCUAAAGAACACACAUUCAAUGGCCAAGAAUGUUUUGUAAAUGUUUCUUCCCACUUUAUUUCAAGUAUUCAUGUUGUAAAGUCAUAAAAAAAAGUUUAAUGUAUUAGUUUUUCUUUAGUUUAAACAUAUUACUAUAUUGUUAUUUCAAUGGCAUAUCAUUUUAUAAUAGUUCAUUAUUAUUCCAA